AUGUCCAGGGCUAAGAGGAUUAUGAAAGAGAUACAAGCUGUCAAGGAUGACCCCGCAGCCCACAUCACGCUUGAAUUCGUGAGUGAGUCUGAUAUCCACCAUCUAAAAGGCACAUUUUUGGGUCCACCCGGAACGCCUUAUGAGGGCGGAAAGUUCGUUGUGGACAUUGAGGUCCCUAUGGAGUAUCCGUUCAAACCACCCAAGAUGCAGUUCGACACAAAAGUAUAUCAUCCGAACAUAUCAUCGGUGACAGGUGCCAUUUGCUUGGAUAUUUUGAAGAAUGCAUGGUCGCCAGUGAUAACUUUGAAGUCUGCGUUAAUUUCGCUUCAGGCGCUAUUGCAAUCUCCAGAACCUAAUGAUCCUCAAGAUGCAGAGGUAGCACAGCAUUAUCUACGGGAUAGAGAGUCCUUUAACAAGACUGCUGCAUUAUGGACGAGAUUAUACGCCAGCGAAGGCGCCAAUGGCCAAAAGGGCAACAUAGAGGAGUCUGAUUUAUAUGGGAUCGAUCACGACCUUAUUGAGGAGUUCGAAUCUCAAGGUUUCGAAAAGGACAAGAUUGUCGAAGUCCUGAGAAGGUUAGGUGUCAAGUCUUUGGACCCCAAUGACAACAAUACAGCUAAUCGUAUCAUCGAGGAAUUGUUAAAGUGA